AUGACCGACGCGAAACGGGUGGCGGCUGGUGGCAGCGGCCUGCCGCAGCCCCCCAUAGUGGGUGAUGCCGCCAUGUUGGACCCUCUGGAGGGCAUCCUUGGCACGCGGCAGGAUUGCAAGUAUAUAAAGAAAAAAUUACUUGGCCAGGGCAGCUUUGGCAGCGCGUGGCGUGUGGAGGAGCGGGACACGGGCACAAUCUACGCGGCAAAAGUGAUGGACACCAACAACAUGAGCUCCAAGGACCGCGGUUUUGUGACAAACGAGGUAAAAUGUCUUUCACGGUGCAACAACGCCAACAUUGUGCGGCAUCACGUCUCCUACGAACGCGGUGGGAUGCUUCUCAUCAUCAUGGAGUACGCCGACGGCGGGGAUCUCUACAAGCAGAUCAAGGCGAGACAGCAGUCGACGCGGUACUUCAAGGAACACGAGGUCCUUUUUAUUUUUCUCCAGCUAUGCCUCGCCCUGGAUCACAUCCACAUGAACAAGAUGAUGCACAGGGACCUGAAAACGGCCAACGUCCUCCUCACCACCACGGGGCUGGUGAAGUUGGGCGACUUUGGAUUUUCGCGGCAGUACGAGGACUCUCUCUCCAACCCGGUUGGCUCCACCUUCUGUGGCACACCGUACUACCUAAGCCCGGAGCUCUGGCGCCGCGCGCCGUACAGUAAGAAGAGCGAAAUGUGGGCUCUCGGUGUGGUGCUGUACGAAGUUAUUGCCCUCAAGCGUCCGUUUGGAGGUCGCAACAUGGACGAGCUCAUUGACAACAUUCUGCACGCCCGCCGGCAGCCCCUUCCCAACAUUUACAGUGAUGAUAUACGCAACGUGUGCGAUCAGCUGCUUUCCCUCGACCCAAAGUAUCGCCCGUCCCUCCGGCAGCUGUUUCAGCAGCCGUUUGUUCGCAAAGGGCUUGAGACGCUGCGGCGUAGUGUGCUGAACCACAACCGCAUCCCGCAGAGCGUGCAGCAGGAGAUUGCCCGCAACGUUGAUGAGGUGCUCAGCUCCGACAUUCAAGACUACGAGGGCAGUCGCGUGGUGCCGCGGCGGGGGACUGUCGCCCGGCACACGGCGGAUCGUGGCUGGCAGCAGUGCGACCUUUCCUUGAAUGAGGAGGCGAUUGUCAUGCGGGAUGUGGCGACGGGCGCGGAGGAGCGGGUAGAGCUGAGCGCCGUCACAUCGGUUUGCCCCAUCGACGCCGCGAUUACGAACGAGAAGUUUGUCUUUGCGAUGAAGAACCAAACUGGCAAGGCAUUUUGGUUCAAAGAGUCCAACGAAAAGGCCUACGAGGAGUGGCUUGUGACGCUGCAGAACGCUUUACCGUGUUGA